AGCUUGUGGGUCGAUUUUCUGUUCGUACCAGAAAUUUUUUCGAGUAAAAAAGAGAGGAUAGAAUUCAAUCCUCUUACCUCUGAUUUUAGUUUCGAAGUGUCAGAAAAUUGAAGUAUAAGUGUCAGCUGACAAGCAUCCGAUUAUUUUCGGAUUAUUACAAUAAUGUCGUUCGGAGAAAAAAUAGCCUCCAUAAUGGAGAGACCUGGUCAAGAUCCUGUGUCCAAGGACGAUGUUCCCUGGUGGAUGAAGUAUGCCGGUCGAGGUCUGGGUACAGUUGGAAGCCUUAUUGCAAUAUUUUUAGGAGCAUGGAAUUGUAUUGGUAUAGUGUUUGGUUCUGUGAUGUGUUUUAUUAGUGGUAUUCUACAAAUGAUUGCUGGAUUUUUAGUCGUGACUAUUGAAGCACCUUGUUGCUGUAUGUUUAUUGAUUUUGUACAAAACUUGAGUGAUUGGGUCGAAAAAAGACCUUAUUGGAAUCGUGCUGCUGGUUAUUGUAUAAUAGCGUUGCCGUCAAUUUUCUUAUGCCCAUCACUGAGCAGUAUAUUUGGCUGUGGUUUAAUAUUUACAACGGGAAUAAUAUAUGGUCUUAUGUCACUUGGCAAAAAAGGGUCAAGGCCAGACCCAGCUGGAAUGGCAUCACCAUCAGGUAUGGCUUCUCCUCAAGCUAAUGUUCCAUCAACGGAUCAUCAUACUACUUUGAUGGAGGAUCCAGAUGUCUGGAGACCAACAUAAACUACCAUUUAAUUCUUCUAUUCUGCUAAUCAGGGCUCCCAUUGAUGAAAUGAGAACAGCAGCAGUUAAUCCUCAAAUACCAUCAUCUAGUAUGAAGUCUAAUUUAGUGGAAAAUGCAGAGCCUAUGGGAUUUACAUCUAAAUCUGAUAGUAAUGUUUGAUGA